CGACUCGGAGCAACACAUUUCAAUCGAAACACACACUGUUCAACCACUCUCCGACGUCAACUAUGAUGGCCAUCACCCAUUCUUCACUUGCGCUUUUGGUCGUGGUCUCCGCUAUCUCUUCGGACAUCUCGACAGCUUUCAGUAACCUGCGCACUACACCUCGCAAUCUGCAAACAUAUUCAAGCUACGAUGGCUACUUCCAGCAGAUGCUUGAUGCAGUGAACGCCGAGCGAGCCAAGGCGGGUCUCUCGGCUCUGUGCACGAACAAGAAGCUGGCGGCUGCAGCAGCCCGUCACUCGAAGGACAUGGCCGAUAACGACUUCAUGGAGCACGACGGCUCGGACGGCUCCACCAUGUCGGAGCGGGUCACAGCUGCCGGGUACCAGUGGACUGCGGUUGCCGAGAACGUCGCUGCAGGUCAGGAAGAUGUCGCCUCCGUCAUGGAGUCUUGGAUGAACUCUGAGGGCCACCGCGCUAACAUCCUGGGUGCCGACUACUCCAUGUUCGGCACGGCGUAUGCCUACAACGCCGACAGCACGUACAAGCACUACUGGACGCAGGACUUUGGUGCUGGAGACACUGAGGCAUGUGAUAGCGGCAGCUCCACCGCUUCGCAGUCGACGGACCAGACCCAGCAGCAAAACUCUUCGCAGUCGACCGACCAGACUCAACAGCAAACCCAGCAGGAAGACGUUGCAGGCGAAGCGUCCACCUCGCAGGACUACACAACGGCUCCGUCCACCACCGCCCCGACAACGACGGCACCGCCCGCCACUACUGCUCCUCCAGCAACCGAGGCACCAGCCACUGAGGCUCCUACUACUGAGGCCCCAUCAACUGAGGCUCCUACAACUGAGGCCCCAUCAACUGAUGCUCCAUACACCGAGUCUCCUGCCAUCGAGACUCCCGGUUGCAAGGUCAGGAAGUAAGCAGACUGAUCGUUUUAGUGUUUAAGGGGGUGAGAUCAGUGUUGUAUCCACCCGUACCUGACUUGCGUGAAGCAGAGUAAACUGCGGUACGGCAGCCUCGAAGCUGCUCUUGCGUGAACAUCAUCGCAGUUCGUAGCGUAUGUGUAAUACCUAGACUUUAACUUUCUUAACAUCUCCUCAGCCUUUCGUGGUGAUCUCUUGCAAAUCCC